UACUGCUGCAGCCAGAGAUCCGUACUCUCAAGACAGACCCGAGCAGCAGAGGACAGGGAGACGAGACACUCGGAGCAAGGGAAAGGUGGUAAGGAAAACCUGGGAUAUUUUUACAUUGACUUCCUAAACGUGGAAACGAGGCGAGGUUCUGUUUGUUGGCGCUAACGAACUAGAAGGUAAUUAGUAAAAAAGCAAUCCACAUUGUUUUGUAUUGGCUCCAGUGUUUUUUCAAGCAAGACACAUUUAUGUGAGGAGCUAGCGGAAUGUGUUGCUAGCAGGCUAGCUAACGUGAGCUGGCUAAUUAGCUUUUCAGCCAUCCCAAGAUUUGGGGGGUUUGUGUUUUUCGCUGAGAUAUACCUCCGUUAGAAAAAAAGGAAAAAACACAGGAAAAUGUCCACCGAGUUACUGGGUCCUGCUUAGACGUCCGACCCAGCCAAGAUGUCAUACUAUAGGGCGCACACUCAUAUCUAAGUAAUUUAGAGCUUAAUGAGCAUCUUCAACACCCGCACCACAUCAUAGGAACACCGGGCUCUAUUGUUGCUGUCGAGCCGGGAUACCUUCCAGUCCGAACGGAUAAAAAACAAGACUUUCUGGUGGAGAGACUGUCUGCCCCUCCGAUGUUAAUGUCGACCGACGUUGCAUCUAUCAUACUGCCCGCUACCCGGGGGAUAAUGGACCUGGAAAGGGACAUUGACACCACAACCGGGCCGCAUGCGAUCGCGCCUGGGGGGCCGGCGACAGUGCGGGGGAUGAAGAGAGGAGACCCCGAACCCGACGCCCAGCCAACCGCAGUUCUGGUGGACCUCGCCGCGGCGGACUGCAAACGACCGCGGAUAGACGGGACCGGGGUCGCUGACGUUGGCCAGAACAACGAGCCUUUGAACCCUGGUCUCCAUGGUUACCCUGCUCAGAAUCAGGACUCCGCGGCGGCGGAUAGCUUGGUCGCCGCUGCACCCUUUUUGGCGUUCCCCCCUCCGGCCCCCCCGCAGAACGGCGUGGCGGGGCCCGAGUUCGGCUCCGGGGCGAUGUUCGUCGCCGGGGGACCGGCCGAAGCGGGAGGCGCGGUCCCGGGUGGCGCACCCAUCGCCGCCGGAACCCUCUGCAUCAACAACAACGUGAAGCCAGAAGAGGCGUCCCAGCUGGAGCUGCCGGGGGCCCCGUGCGAGGACGUGGGAGCCGGGGCGCUGGCCCUGGUGGCGGUGUCCGACGGGGACUCCGAGCCCAAGGGGACCCCCAAACGGCUGCACGUCUCCAACAUCCCCUUCCGCUUCCGGGACCCCGACCUGCGGCAGAUGUUUGGGCAAUACGGGAAGAUCCUGGACGUGGAGAUCAUCUUCAACGAGAGAGGAUCCAAGGGCUUCGGCUUUGUGACGUUUGAGACGGGCGCGGACGCAGAGAAGGCCCGGGAGCGGCUCCACGGUACACUGGUGGAGGGGCGCAAGGUCGAGGUGAACAACGCCACGGCCAGGGUGAUGACCAACAAGAAAACCGUCUCCCCGUACCCUAACGGAGAGGCGCUCAGCACCUUGCCUUAUGCGGCUGCAGCUGCUGCGGGUUGGAAGCUGAGUCCUAUGAUGGGGGCGAUGUACGGACCGGAGAUCUACGCAGUUCCCGGCAUGUCGUACUCGUCGGCGGCGGUCGCGGCCUCCACCGCCGCCGCCUUCCGGGGGGCGCUGAGGGGGCGGCCCCGCCCCGUCUACAGCGCCGUGCGGGCCGCCAUGCCCCAGCCCGCCAUGCCCACCUACCCCGGUGGCCUGGUCUAUCAGGAUGGUAAUUUCUACGGCGCAGCUGAAUUAUACGGAGGCUAUCCGGCCGCCGCAGCAGCAGCCGCCGCCGCGUACCGCUACGCUCAGCCGACUGCGGUUGCCGGGGCAACGCCGGCGGCCUACAGUGACAGUUACGGCCGGGUGUACACGACGGACCCCUACCACGCACUCGGCCCCGCCGCCGCCGCCGCGUACGGAGUGGGAGCCAUGGCCAGCUUAUACCGGGCAGGAUACAGCCGCUUCGCUCCGUACUAAAGCCCCCACAACCCCACCCAUCCAUUCAACCACCCCACCCUCCCUCCUCCUCCUCCACCCCCGACCCCCCCCCCCCCCCUUGAUCGACGAUACUCCAAGUCUGCUUUUGUUUCAGUGUUUUUUUAUCUCGUUGUUUUUUGUGUCCCGGAACGAAAAAAAUAAACGGAACGGAGAAAAAACGAUCGACGAAAGACGGAACGGAAGUCGUGCACUACGGGCCGGGAGGAGGAGGAGGGAGGAGGGAUAAGAACUGAACUACACAACCCCGCCGUCAACAGUACACUACAACUCCGUCAGCUGGACUGCAGUCUAACCCCCCCCCCCCUCCCCAAGGGCGGGGGGGGGGGGGGGCCAUCAAGGAGGAGCCACAGACACACUACGGUCCUGAAACGACCCCCUCCACACGCCCCCAACACCCCAACGUCCGCACCAUUCAAGACCGGAAGCUAAAGACUGAUCUGCACUACCUCCUCCUCCUCCCCCUCCUCCCUCUCCUCCCCCUCCUCCUCCUCCUCUAUAUAGACUAUAUUUACUACACUUAGUAUUACAAGUAUUACUCCACUACAACACUACGAUCUGACCUGUCGAUCGUCCCAGGGAAACCCGACGCUCCCUGUUUCCUCUUUCCAACCGGAGCCAGCCGAUUGGCUCAGGAGAGACGGGACAGGUUGCACUAAGUAACACACAGACUAGAACCCGCCCACCUAGGGAGGGAUCAGCCAAUGAGAGCCUGGCGUGCUGAUGAACGCUGGUUUAGCGCCAUGUUACGCACAAGUGUACGCGUGCGCAUGUCUCUGUUUGUGUGUGUGUGCUAGAGUGUGUGCGCGUGUGUGCUCGUGAGUGUGAGUGUGUGUGUGUGAGUGUGUGUGUGUGUGUGUUCGAGAGUGUGUGUGUGUGUGCCGGCCCAGUGGACCACACUACACCCCGUUUCCUCAUGUAUCCUCAUUACCGUGACGAUGGUCUUUGGGCUUCCAAAGACUACCAGGGAAAGAAGCACAUUAGCUUGUUUCUGUAAGAUUUUUUUUAUUUCCUUGUUUUAUCGCCUCUCUGCGGGUCUCUACAUUUCACCUCAGCUGAGGGUUAGACCUCCAAUCCUCCAAAUGCAUCGUGUGAUGAACUGGACUCUUUCUUCAUCAGUAGAUCUCGCACUGCGUCUGCCCCUUGCCUCCCCUAGAGGUCUGUAGACUGCCCGGGUCCCCGAGAAGGACCCUGUAGGACUAGGGACCAGGACAUCAAUCAUUGAACCCCAACAUCCACACCUAACGUCCAGACGGCUCUAGACUCUUUCUGAAACCGCAGAACUUCGCUCGCGGCUAGUGCUCCAGGGAGCAUUUAAGAAGUCGAAGACUUUAAACCGUUUUAUUUCGGAUUUCCUGCAUACAUUUCCUUUUUUUUAUUUAGGACUAUUAUCACGAGUAAUCGCAAUGCAUGCAUGUGUGUGUGUGUGUGUGUGUGUGUGAGGAGGAGAGGAGCUUUGCAUGAACUUAAAUCCUAGUGCUGAAUCAGAGAGAGGUGGAGGGGUGUCAGGGCAGGAUGAGAGAAGGGGGUUGUGAAGGUACGCAGGGUAUCUCGUAGAGCCAUUGACCUCUUGGGGGGGCAGUCCCUUUGAGAUGGUGACCUUUAUCAGUACUCCCGGCCACCUGACCUGACUCUCUUCCACCCUGUCUUCGUCCCGGUAGAUGUUUGUCUACGGGGAUCUUCUAAGGGUUUCAACUGCAUGUGGGUUGUUUUUUUAAUUGUUUUACAUGGUCACCAUGUCUAUACCAAUAUAUUGAGGUGCGUUUUUGUCUUUUCAAAAAGUGACUUGUUUAUUUGUCACCAUGUUAUUUCUGCCAUUAUUGUAUCUGCCUUUAUUUUUUCAUGUCAUUGUUAUUUGAAUGUACAUAGCCUAAUAAACUCUUUGGUUUUUAA